AUGGCAUCCACAUCCACUCCUCUGGCUCGGGGGCUCGGGGGCUCGGGAGUUGGGCGAUGCUCCAUGUGGACGGGCCGGCAGAACGUUGCAUGCGAUGAUGACGGCAGCACUAGCGGCAGGAUUCCCAAUUCCAACGCAUUGCGCUUCCAGAAAACGCUGCCGAGCAAGUUCAGGGGACAGGCUGCUCCGCCCUCUGCUGAUUGUCCUGACCGGAAGUUGGGCGAGGCCAAACGCGCGACCGAGGAUCGGCUGGCGCGGAGCCUGGUCGAGAAUGCCGGCGGCCCAAAGAGUCCAAUGACAAGUCUGGCUGCCUUGGUCCCUCGAAAGGGCGAACCCGACGGCGGAACCCGACGGACCACGGCAAUAACGCAUGUGACGAGGCGAAGCCACAGCCCGGGGAUUCGGAUCUCAACCCAGCCAGCCGAAACUGGCGGCGUUGGGGACCCUGCUGCGCUGAACUCUCCCACAUCGCGCCCGAGGCUGCUCCUCGUCCAACUUCCGUAUCCGCUCUGCGUCCUUGCGCAGUUUGGACGAAAACCGCUGACCAAGGGGAAAGACAGUGGGGGGUGGGGCAGCCCAACUCCCGGAUCCCGCGGCAGAUGGCACGGCUUUGGAUAG